GCUCUGUGCCACUGUCAGAACAAGACAUCAUGACACAUGCUGCCUGAGGGAGGAAGGAAGUGCCAAGCCCAACCGACUCCAGUCCAGUCAGAGGCUCCCAAUAAGAUGGUUAAUAACAGCUGGACCAGUGUAUCCCAUUUUGUUCUCUUGGGCAUAUCUACCCACCUGGAAGAGCAGAUCCCACUCUUUCUUCUUUUUCUACUGAUGUAUGCGAUCAACAUUUUUGGGAACUUUGCCAUCAUCACACUGAUUAUCUCUAUUCCACGUCUCCACACCCCCAUGUACAUCUUCCUCAGUAAUUUGGCUUUGGCAGACAUCUGUUUCACCUCCACCACGGUCCCCAAGAUGCUACAGAACAUUUUCUCACCUACAAAGGCCAUUUCCUACAUGGGCUGCUUAGCCCAGACCUAUUUCUUCAUUUGCUUUGCAGCCAUGGAAAACUUCCUUCUGGCUGUGAUGGCCUAUGAUAGAUACAUCGCUAUCUGCUACCCUUUCCGCUACCCUAUGAUCCUGACCAGAAUGCUGUGUUCACAGAUGGUGGCUCUGUGCCAUAUCCUCUCCCAUCUUCAUGCCCUGCUGCACACCUUUCUUAUGGGCCGAUUAAUCUUCUGUGCAGAUAACAAGAUCCCCCAUUUCUUCUGUGACCUCUACCCUCUGAUGAAGAUUUCCUGCUCCAGCCCCUACCUCAACACCCUGAUGAUUCACACGGAGGGUGUUAUUGUCAUCAAUGGAGCUCUGGCUUUCAUCAUUGCCUCCUAUGCCCGCAUCAUCUCAGUGGUCCUCCAGAUCCCCUCGGCCAAGAGCAAAUGGAGAGCUUUUUCUACCUGUGGCUCCCACCUCACUGUGGUGUCUAUCUUCUAUGGCACACUCACAUGGGUCUACUUCCGGCCCCUUACCAGCUAUUCAGUGACUGAGGGUCGCAUUCUGACAGUCAUGUACACAGUGGUGACCCCCAUGCUGAACCCCUUCAUUUACAGCCUGAGGAAUGGGGAUGUCAAGGGAGCCUUCAGAAAAUGGGUGAGCAGAAUGUGGACUUCUUCCUUUAGAUAAAAACCCAAAACACAGUUCCCAGUUUUAUCUAUGAUUCUGGGGAAACAGUUUUGCCCUUCGCAUAUCUGUUUCCUUUAGAACUUCUCAGAAAUAUCUAAAUUAGGAACAUAUUAUGGAUUUUACCAUUGAAUAUUAUCCUGAACUGUCCCUUAAUUCCAAAGCACAUGAAACUAUGUAUUUAGUGUAAGCCACUUGUGUAACUUUAAUUAUAAUUGAGAAUGUUUUCUGGGUCUGCCAUUAAACAACAAGGUUGUAACAUUCUUAGAUGCAGGCAACAGAAACCAAUUCUGGUUGAUUCAUGGAGGAAAUGAGUUCAUUAAAAGAGUAUGUGAAACUCAUGAAUUUCCAAGAAGGCUAAGCAA